AAGCGAAGAAAUCAAGCGAGUCUAUGAAGGCCAAGGAAUUCCGGGAGAAGAGAAUGAAGAAGGAAGUCAAGCUGAACAAGCUGGCAUCUAUCUCCGGCGGUGCUACAGGCGGCUUCUCCGGAGCAGGAAAACCGAACGCGCCCUUCAACUGCCACAACUGCAACAAGCCGGGGCACAGGGCCGCCGACUGCCCACAGCGACAAGGAGGCAAGCGGAAGUCGUUUGAUAGAUCACGAUGAACCUCUGUCUGACCAAGCGUGCUUUUUCAUUUACAAGAUACCCCUCAUGCCCGGAUUUGGCUUGCUUACCGGUUCUUCUAUUUCUGCUUUGCGAAGUGGGAGCGAGAUUCUUGUCGGCCUCACGGCAGGCUCCCGCCUUGCGAGAGAUCACGGAGGAAAUAGGUUAUGGGAUUGACGAAAGAAUCCUGCUGAGCGGAUAUUCGAUCAACACAACACGUAGUUACGUACUGCCUCCCUCGCCGGGCUACGAAAGCCCGGAAUGGGCCGGCAACCUUAAUGAAAAAGAAAUGACCACCAACCCCAUCUUCUGUGUCGCCGCGCAUGCGAUAUGGCCGAACAAUGGCCUGGAUAUCGACGGACUGACUCGGUCUGGUCAAGCUACAUGUGAUGAGCUCCAGACGCAGAUGAACUCGAAUGAUAGACGGCAUGAGCUGGCUCCAGAGCCAGGUACCAGGCUAUACACAGCUGCCUUGCCGUCUGAACAUAAACAAGAAGUCAAGGGCCGCGGAACAAGCGCGUUUGCCCGGCUUGGGACACAAUAUGCUCCCUUCAUUAAUCAUCUUUUUGGGGAUGGCAGCCGAGCGAAACAUCCACAACUGCCGAUGAUCAGACUAACAGAAACCCUGUCGACACGUUUCCCCUACAUCUCGAUGAGAAUCUCAUGCAUCGGCCUACCUUUCGUCUCUUAGCCUCCUCGGACACGGGAAAGAAGCCCGCAUGUGAA